AUGCUUUGCCAACUUGGCGGAGAAAUAACUCUUCUCGCUAUCAGAGCGGCUCUUGGCGUGAAAGUAAUCUCCGAUUCUCAUCGGUCUCUCAAGGGUACAAAUUCCCGCAGGGAUUGCCGAUCGCCGAUGAUUCACUUUGUUCUUAUAAUCAAUCGUCAAAGGAAGCUCAGGUUGACAAAAUGGUACUCGCCAUAUUCACAGAAGGAACGAACUAAGGUCAUCCGAGAAAUCAGUGAGUUAAUGCUUCGUAGACAUCACAAGAUGUGCAAUUUCUUCGAGUGGGGAGGUUUAAAGGUUGUCUACAGAAGAUACGCAGGUCUCUUUUUUUGCAUGUGCAUCGAUCUUGACGAUAAUGAAUUAGAGACUCGAGAAGUAAUUCAUCAAUAUGUAAGGAUUUUGGAUCGGUACUUUGGCAAAGUUUGCGAGCUGGAUCUCAUAUAUGACUUUCAUAAGGCCUACUUUAUCUUGGAUGAGCUUGUGAUCGCUGGUGAACUUCAAGAGUCCAACAGGCGGACAGUUGUACGGCGGAUAUUUGCUCAGGAUUCUCUUGUGGACGCUGCAAAAGAGAAGACCCUGGCUCAGUAA